GGUGCACACAUGAGGACUCGAGAGCAUGAACUUUGUUUUGAUUGAGAACAAAAGUAUCAGACAGACAAAGAGCAGCGGUAAGAGUUCACGAGAGAUGAAGAACAGUGGACGCAAAUCACGUGCAUAAGAGAUUUUACUCGGGAAUUGCUGCAGGUUUCUUCACCGUAUCAUGAGACUGUGAGCUCGGUGUGAAAUCGAGUCAUGGCAGAAACCGACAUCGACAAAUCUCACCUGCCAGGUGUAUAUGACGCAUGCCAGUGUUUCUCUGUGUUAGAGGAUGGGGCUUUGGCUCACAGUCUACAGGAGCAGGAAAUCGAGCACUUCUACAGCACCAACAUCCAGAAGAACCAAGCGGUCCAGAACGAUGUUCGUCUGGCCCGCAGAUUACAGGAGGAGGAGGAGCAUCAAUCGGAUCUACAUCGAGAUCUGAGAGAACUUGAAGAGGAAGAUUGCAGAUACGCUCAGAUGAUUCAGGAAGAGCUUCAGAGACGUGCGGAGGAGGCCAGGAGACGAGAGGAAGAAGAUGAGGAAAUAGCUAAACGACUACAGGAAGAAGAAGAAAUUGAGGUGAGACGGCAGAGGGCUGCGGCUGGAUACCAUGACAACAACUGCGUCUCUCCUCUGUGUGAAGGGUUGGGAGUUUGGGAGCAGGUGCUUCAGGAUGCUGAAUUGGCCCGUAGACUUCAGGAGGAAGAAGAUUUGGUGCCUCACAGAGAGUUUGCUCAAAGCUCUGGGUCGGAAGUGGACUUCAUAGCAGCACAAGUAGCCCAAGAUGAGGAGAUCGCCCACUAUAUGCAUCGACAUCGGAGGAGACUCGACCACAGAUCACAAAACCUCGAAAUCCAAGAGGGGCCUAGUAGUGAACCAAGUGAUGAAGGCAACACUACAACCAGAAAGGCUCUUCAGAUGUUGAGAGAGAGAUUAAACUCAGAUGGACUGCACUCGCCUGUGGAAGAAGAAGACGACUGUACUAUAGUAAACCAUCUACCAAGCCCAUCAUGCACUGCACUACGAACACAGCUCACGCACAACAUCGCUGAAGAGCUGGACCCAACGUUUAAGGCUAGAAAGCGUGAGAGUCAGAUUUCCACCAGCCCUUCAUCAGGUUUGUGUUUGGCUCCUCGUAACCCGCACAGCAUCUUUUACGAUUACUUGCCCGAGCCCAACUUUGUGCCGCCGACGAAACGUCAGAACGAUAAAACAGGACGACACAAAGCCAAAGACAAGAGAGAAAACUGCAAGCAGCAGUGAAGGUGUAAAUAACUCGCUGCUGUCGGUCUAAAUAUAUCCCAGACUCACACGCUUGUCUUUUCAGUGUUAUGUGUGUUGUAUAAAUCAGGUGUGGACAGAGUAAACAGUGUUAUUGGUGAUUUCACGUUUAAUGUUCAUAUUGCAGAAUAAUGCUGUUUUAUUAUUCAGAAAGCCAGAAUUUCAUACAAAAAACUACAGCUCGGUUUUCUCACAACAGUUUUUCUCAACCACAGGACCAGGCUUACUAAAGGUCACAACAAACUUCCAGACAGCAGAUAACACCAGGCCAGAUCCGCGCUAAACACUGCAAAAAAAUGACUUUCUUAGUAUUUUUGUCUUGUUUUCAGUACAAAUUAUUUAAAACAUAACCAAACACUUCAAAAUAUCUUGAUUUUUGGUCAUUUUAGUUUACUGCAAUUCUCGUUUUGUCUGUGAUUUCAGAUUAGACAGCAGAAGACUCCAGGCCAGAUCAGCACCGGAUCCGCACCAAAGCUGCCGACUUCACGGCCAAAAAUGACUUUUUUACUAAGUAUUUUUCUCUUUUUUCAAUACAAAUAUUUUCUUGAUAGCAAAAUGACUUAAGAAAAUAAGUUUUAAAAAAAAAAAACAUAAAAUUUCUGUAAAUUUGUGCUUAAUACAAGCAAAAAUAUAUGCCAAUGGGGUCACAAAAAAUAAUCUUAAACUUUUUUUCUAAAUACUUAAUUUAAGAAAAUUCAAGAAAAAAUUUCUUGCCCCAUUGGCAGAUUUUUUUGGUUUGUUUUAUGCACAAAAUCACUUAAAUUUGAUACUACACUGCAAAAAAUGAUUUUCAAGAAAAAAAUUUCUUGGUAUUUUUGUCUUGUUUUCAGUAAAAAAAUUCUUAAAUUAAGAUGCUUUUUCUUGAUGAGCAGAAGGACCCAAGAAAAUAAGUCUAGUUUUUAGAUCAAACAUAUCUAAUUUAAGUGAUUUUGUGCAUAAAACAAACAAAAAAGAAACUGAAUUUUUCUUAAAUUAAGUGUUUAAGAAAAAUGUUCAAGAUUUAUUUGCUUACCCCAUUGGCAGAUUUUUGUUUUUUUAUGCACAAAAUCACUUAAAUUUGUGAUUUGUGACUUAUUUUCUUGGGUUGUUUUGCUCAUCAAGAAAAAGCAUCUUCAUUUAAGAAUUGUUAGAUAUUUUUACUGAAAACAAGACAAAAAUACUAAGAAUUUUUUUUCUUGAAAAUCAUUUUUUUUCUUUGGUCAUUUUGCUCAUCUAGAAAAUACAUCUUGAUUUAAGAAUUUUUAGAUAUUUUUACUGAAAACAAGGCAAAAAAAAAAUAUAAAAUUCAUAAAAGCGUCAGCUAAAUGAAUAAGUAAAAAUACUAAGAAUUUUUUUUCUUGAAAAUCAUUUUUUUUCUUUGUCAUUUUGCUCAUCUAGAAAAUACAUCUUGAUUUAAGAAUGUUUUUUCUUGAAAAUAUUUUUUUUUCUUUGGUCAUUUUGCUCAUCUAGAAAAAGCAUCUUAAUUUAAGAAUUUUUAGAUAUUUGUACUUAAAACAAGAUACAAAAAUACUAAGAACUUUUUUUCUUGAAAAUCAUUUUUUUCUUUGGUCAUUUUUCUCAUCUAGAAAAUACAUCUUGAUUUAAGAAUUUGUACUGAAAUGUAUAUAUUUGUACUGAAAACAAGAGUAAAAUACUAGGUAACAUUUUUUGCAGUGACGUUGGCAGCUUUGGUGCGGAUACGGGGCCUCAUUUAUAAAGCGUGCGUGCGUACGCACAGAUUUGAUCGUAAAGUGUGCAUACACUAAAAUCCAUGGCAAAGUCCAUAUUUAUAAAAACUGUCUGUGACGUGGAAAAGUGCUUAGCGCAACGUUAGGGUCUGAGCAGACGUACACACUUUUGCUUGUUUGAUUGCUGCAGGUUUUUGGAAAUAUUUGCCAUUCUUGCUGCUUGAAAAGGGUUUAAACAUUGACAAGCUCUUUUUUACAUGUCAAUGACAUUAAUUAGGCAUUGUUUAAAGACGGAGAUCUGAAACUGCUCAGCUGCGCACAAGUUCAAGAUCAUUUGCGAUUUUCACAUCUAAAAGAAGAAAGGGGUAUGUGCGUUUUUUGCGCAUACUUUCAGUUUAUGAAUAACACGUACGCAUUUUUGAUAAAUGAUCCUAAGAUUAAAUGUAGGAUGGUUUCUAUGCAGCAUUUUACAAAUGAGGCCCCUGGUGCUGAUCUGGCCUGGAGUCGUCUGCUGUCUAAUCAGAAAUGACAGACGAAACAAGAAUUGCAGUUAGCUAUAUUUAAGGGUUUGGUUAUUUUUAAAAGAAAUAUCUUUUUAGUUGUGCCAAGCUACUGGGUAGAUAUUCAGAUAUUGUUGUGGACGAUGGGGGACCCAAGUCCUUAAGGUUGAGAUCCACUGUCAUAAAUGCAAAUGUAUAAUAAACACACACACGGUUGCACACAUCUGCUUAUAGAGACUGGUGUGUAAAUAAUUACCACCCAAGGUGGUAAUGUGGCAUAAUGCGAAGCAUUAUUUUCAAAUAAUUAAAAGGACCGGAGUCAGGUGUGUGUUUAUCCAAAAAUAAUGCAUACCCUAACAUUUCUCAACCAAUCAGAAUAAAGCAUUCAACAGGCAUGUGGUAUAAAACAUAAUGAAUAAUGAAGUAGUGGUGCUAUUUUUCAUUUAUUCGUCAUCUUCCAAGCCUUUGGUAAGGAAAUGUUUAUAAGCACCCAGCAAGCAAUAGCUGUCAUUUCACGUCUAGAUCUAGGUUAACUAUACAGGCAGGCCCAACAUAGUCCGGCUAUGAGUGAUCCACUUCUAGCCAAAAUAAACUUGACAUUAGUUUCUUUUGCCAAAACAACUUUUGUGAUAUACCAUCAUGUAAGCAAAGGCCACAGUGAUUGCAAUGUUUGGAUUUAUUUAUUCAUUUAUUUAUUUCAUUUCAUUUAUUUUGGGGCUUUGGUUAGAUGUCUAUUAAAUUUUUACCGUCAACCCUUCAUUUAGCCUAGAAGUCUGGACAACUCUUAGAUGUUUUGCUUGCUGGGCAGAUUAUGUGCUUAUAAACCGAACCAUCAAUGUUAAACUGUUAUAGACAAUACCAUUUUUUACUAUAGGUUUUGAAAUAUUAAUGAUCAAGUUUAACUAUGCCAACCUUUUAUUUUAUGUUCCUUUGUUUUGCUGUUUGUAUGCUUAAUCCCAUAUUAUACAUUCAAAGAGUUUUAUUCUACAUUUGUUAUGAAUUAGUUUGUUCCUCUUUUUCAAGUAGGCAAAUCUUUCUUGAUGUUGGGAAAGACUAAUGGCAGGUCAGGAAAGGCCCUGUGAAAUCAUUUACAAGAAUCAUUUUCACAGCCAGGUCUUUUUGAAUUUGGAAAUUUGGUGGAUUUUAAAAGACGCUGUUCAGGGGAAUUCUGAUGGCAUUCAGUCAUAGCAUUAAAACUUAUGAUGUCACAUCCUUACAGCCUACAGUAUUUCAGUGCAGAGGUCUUUACACACCCCACACAUUACUGUACUGUACUGAAACCCUUUGAUGAUGCCACCUCGUCUGUACUUCUGAACACUUACACAAAGUUUAUUUUCUGUAUAUUAUGUCAAUUAACAUAAGUAGGCUGUAAACAUGAGUUACGUUUUCCUAACAAAAGUCACCACAGCAGCUUUAUAUUUCUUCAAGAUUUUAUUUGGUAUACAUUGUCUGUAUUGUACAAUAGAUAGUUUUGACUUGUACCAAAUAAUUCUGUCAAAAUAAAUGAACAAUUUUAAACACUGUACAA